AUGGAUUCUUUAAAGUUGCCUACAAAUCCAGCUCAAGCCAAAGCUUUUACUGCUCCAAACUCGUUGUUGUUCCCUCAAGGAUUUGAUGGAGAAAACAAGCCAGUAGAUGGUCAGCCUCAACCUGGCUCUCAGGAAAUCAUUAAGAGCGAACAGACUGCGGACAUUGUUGAACCUAAGCAAGAGGAAGAUGAUGGUGCUACUUCUGGUAUUGUGCCAACGUUGCAGAAUAUUGUUGCUACCGUCAACUUGGAUUGUCGUUUGGAUUUAAAAACCAUCGCAUUACAUGCUCGUAAUGCUGAAUACAACCCAAAGCGUUUUGCCGCUGUUAUCAUGAGAAUUCGUGAACCAAAGACGACGGCUUUGAUUUUCGCUUCUGGUAAGAUGGUUGUCACUGGUGCUAAGUCUGAAGAUGAUUCGAAAUUGGCCUCAAGGAAGUACGCCAGAAUUAUUCAAAAGUUAGGUUUCAAUGCUAAAUUCACUGAUUUCAAGAUUCAGAAUAUCGUCGGCUCGUGUGAUGUCAAAUUUCCUAUCAGAUUGGAAGGAUUGGCAUUCUCACACGGAACUUUCUCGUCGUAUGAACCAGAAUUAUUCCCAGGGUUGAUUUAUAGAAUGGUGAAACCAAAGAUUGUCUUGUUGAUCUUCGUAUCAGGCAAGAUUGUGUUGACUGGUGCCAAACAAAGAGAAGAGAUUUAUGCCGCUUUUGAAUCGAUUUAUCCGGUAUUGAGUGAAUUCCGUAAGUCAUGA